UUUUCUUUCCCUUGGGGAUUUCCAAUCUUUAUCGCGCACGCCAAACACCUUCCAUGUUCCAAACUUGCAAUCUCCCCAACUUUUCCUCUCCCAAAGUACCAAGCCUAUAUAUACGCUCACCCGCCACAAUUCAGCAUGGACACAACCGAGUUCCAUCAGCAACAGAAGGCACCACAAUCCCAAUUCCCAACACCGAUUACACACGAGAAGACGACCAUGGCGGUCAGCAAGCAAUGGACGCGGGUGCGCACGCUCGGCCGCGGCGCCUCGGGGGCCGAGGUCUUCCUCGCCGAGGACGAUGUGUCCGGCGAGCUCUUUGCGGUCAAGUCCGCCGUGGGGGCGGCGUGUGCGGCGGCGCUGAGAAGGGAGCAUAUGGUGAUGGCCGGCCUGAGAUCCCCACGCGUCGUCUCCUGCAUCGGCGGCCGCGGCGCCCGCGACGGCUCCUACCAGCUCUUCCUCGAGUUCGCCCCCGGCGGCUCGCUGGCGGAGCAGGUGGCCAGCAGCGGGGGCCUCGACGAGCACGCCGUCCGCGGCUACGCGGCCGAUGUGGCGGCCGCGCUCGCGUAUCUCCACGCCACCGGGAUGGUGCACGGGGACGUCAAGGCGAGGAACGUCGUGAUCGGCGCCGACGGCCGCGCCAAGCUCGCGGAUUUUGGGUGCGCUAGGGAAGCCGCCGCCGGCGGACCGAUCAUCGGUGGCACGCCAGCGUUCAUGGCGCCGGAGGUGGCGCGCGGCGAGGAGCAGGGACCCGCGGCCGACGUCUGGGCGCUCGGCUGCAUGGUUGUUGAGAUGGCCACCGCACGCGCCCCGUGGAGCGGCAUGGACGGCGACGCGCUCGCCGCGCUGCACCUGAUCGGGUACACCCAGGCCGUUCCCGAGCUGCCCCAAUGGCUGUCCGCUGAGGCCAAGGAAUUCUUGGCCAAGUGCCUUGUCAGGCAGGCCAGCGACCGGUUCACGGCGGCGCAGCUGCUGGAGCAUCCGUUCUUGGCCGCUGCCGUUGUCGACGCGAAGCCGCAAGCCGUGGAGAGCAAAUGGGUGUCGCCCAAGAGCACGCUGGACGCGGCAUUCUGGGAGUCGGAGUCUGACACCGACGAGGCGGACGACGAGCCGUCGCACGGCGCGGCCGAGAGGAGGAUCAGCGCAUUGGCCUGCCCUGCGUCGGCGCUCCCCGACUGGGACUCCGACGAGGGAUGGAUCGACGUGCUCUCCGGGCCAACGGAAGCAGUUGCCGUUCCCGCCAAGGUGACGUGUGGCAUCAUCGUGGACGACGCGAUCACCAGUGAAGAGGAGUCAAUCGACCCAGAGUCCGGUGCUCUCGACAUUACCGUGGACGUGGAGUACAGCAGCGUGCUAAACGCAGGGCAAGAAACAUAUGAUGAUGGUUCAGUCAGUCAUCAUCAGUCAGUAAUGCAAUCGAUUUCGUUCAUGCCAAAAGCACUCUGCUUCGCAAGCGCUGCUCCUCUGUUUCUUUGCUCUUACUCGUGCUCUGCUCCCCAUUGCGACACGAUUGAUCGGCAAAUUCCGAUUAAAAAUUAG